AUCCUUCGAAAUAGCAACCCUGAUGAUCAAGUAAUAUCAUCAGUUCAGAGAUUAUUACUUCGUAGUGUUGCUGAACAUGACAUUUCUGCUCAGGAGACCUGCCAUCUACUUCUAGAGAUUCCUCUUUACCACUCAAGUCGCUCCUUUGUUUCUUUAAACCUAAAUAAAGAAGCACCACGAUGGCUUCGUGGUACUGGUAGCAGUGAAAAUGAGGCGAAUGUUCGAAUUAAAGAUGUUGGAAGGACAGUAAAAUCGCCUUUAAAAAUUUACUGGGAACGGCCUACAGAAUUUGAGAAUUUCUCAUUAUUCCGGCUUAAUUUAACACAUAAAUUUACUCAAAAUCGGUGGAAUAAAUGUAAACAAGAAAAUAUUGUGCGCAUCUUUCCACGGCCGUCACCCUUACGUAAUGGUUCACAAUGGGUGGAAUUUUGUCGAGUAAAAGUUCUUCUUCACGUUCGGCAUAGAAAUAUUGAGCAACUAACUGAAAACGGCACCGUUGAGUGGUCAAUCUUAUUUACUCGUUAUUAUGAAGAAAUUAACGCGGAUGGAAAUGACAUACUUGGACCGGCAGUAGAUAAUGAAGAUGAAACUACCGAUAAUGAAGAUGAGGUGGAGGAAAUUGAAGAUGACGAACAGGAAGAAUGUCGACAUGACUGGAUGUUGCUGGCAGAGAUGGGUCCAAAUGCAGUCAUAGAUAGUUCUUGCGACUUGGGGACCCGUGAUAUGGAUCGGAAUCAUAGAUGGGUUGAUGAUGCUAGACAACGCUAUUGUGAUACUGAUCUUGCAAAUAUUGACCAUUUCAUAAGCCAAGCUUCUAGUAAUAAUCAAAUAAAUGAUGCGAAUUUAAAUUCUGUUAUUGUGGAUUAUCAGACCUUAAAUGAAAAACAAAUGGCAGUAUUUAAACAUGUAGAAUCACAUUUCUAUAGCGUCCUGGCAGGUUGUCAAGUUGAACCACUAAGAGUAAUUAUAAUGGGAACUGCAGGGACAGGAAAGUCAUAUUUGAUAAAAGCAAUUCGAGGCUUACUUAUGCAGAUGACAGGAAUUGAGUCUAUGUCACCAGUACUCGUACUUGCACCGACGGGUGUUGCAGCCUUCAAUAUUAAUGGUAGAACGAUUCACUCUGCACUUUCAAUCGCAAUAAAUUCUACUAAUAAUUUAGAUAUAGACAGUGAGCGAUUGAAACAAUUACAGGAAAGGUUACGAAGUGUGAAAUACUUAAUUAUAGAUGAGAAAAGUAUGGUUGGGCAUCGAUUGCUCGCUUUAAUUGACAUGAGGCUAUGUCAAGCCUUUCCAGAGCAAACAAACGAACUCUUUGGUGGCAGAUCAGUUAUUAUGGUUGGUGAUUUUGGUCAGCUUCCACCUGUACUUGAUCUCCCAAUGUAUAUUGACGUUAAGAAAGACGCAUUGUCUAAUAAUGGACAUGCAGUAUACAAACAAUUUCUAGAGGUAUACAAGCUUGAUAUAGUUCAGUGGCAAUCCGGUGAUUCUGAGGAACAACGGGCUUUCAGGGACGUUCUUUUACGGAUACGUGAUGGAGAGUCGACAGUAGAUGACUGGAGGAUACUUAACACACGAUUCGAGGAAAAAUUAACAAGGGCUGAACGUGAUCAGUUUUCAGAUACUACAUUCAUCCUGCCAAGAUGGUCUGAUGUAAAUGCUGUAAAUAUAGAUAAGCUUAGAUCGUUAAACGUCCCUGUUGCCAAAAUUAAUGCUAAACAUACCGGUGGUGUUGAAGCAAAAAGAGCAGACUCGGAUACAGCACAUGGUCUUGAAGCGCAGCUGUUACUGGCAAGAGGUGCACGAGUUAUGUUGACUGCAAAUAUAUGGACAGAAGCUGGUUUA